AUGUCUGCCAAAGUGAUCUUUCCUACGGCAAUAUUUGAUGCGUUGCUGGUCUCUAACUAUUCGAAUCCCAGUACAAAUGAUUCAACGAUCUGUCAUCCACUCCUCCUUUCACAAGGAAACAAGAGUGAGAAGGGAUUGUGUGAUGACACCACAUCGGCCAUUGUUAUUUCAGCUAUCGUUUUGUUCCUUCAUACAAGCUUGUUAUUAGUUUCGGUUGGAGGUUUAGUUUAUAAAUUGAGAAAGUUGCAUAUUCUCCAAAAGGAACACAAACAAGUUGUGAAUUAUUUGCAGGUUGCCAGGAAUCCAGCAUUGAUGGUCAUGGGAGCAAUUAUUGGAUGGACCUAUACUUUCGUAUUAAUGACUAGAGUGUUAAUUGGACGAAAGAUUUAUCCAUGUUUCAUAUUUUCACUAAUCUAUUAUUUGGCUGUGCCUGCACUUUCGAAUACUGUCAUAUUGAGAUGUAUUCGAUUGUUGAUAUUGACAAAAUUAUAUGAAUUGAAAGUGAGGAUUGGUAAUAGACAAUAUGAACUGCGUCAUUCGAUAUCAUCAGAUAAUCCUAAACAAAUUACUGAAACAACCGAAACUGAACUAAAUCCAACUAGCUCAUCAACAGCUAAAUCUAAUACUGGAGAAAACACAUCAUCAUCAAGUGGACUCUCUGACAAUAUUGAAAAACAAAAGAGUUUGUCCUCAUUUUCAUUAUCAACCACACAAGACAGCUCUACAGGAAUUUACAAGAUGAACAAUUGGAUAUGGAAAUUCUUUUCAGAAACAAAACCAAAUGGGAAAUAUUGA